CUUGAAGUUCAAGUGAAGGAUUUCCGACACUCACUCUCGAAAGACGAAUUAGGAAAGACUCAAAUCGCCGAUCUGAAGGAUACAUCCCGAAUUGUGGCCACCGAUAUUGAAAAUACCAUAAAAGCUGCAGAAAGCGGUAGCGGUAAUGUCUACAGUAGUAGCGAGGGAAGCUUGCCCGAUACAGUGAUGAGCGAGACAGGAUACGAAGAAAUUACCAAUCAUCAAAUAGAAGAUAACAAGACGAGUGAAGCAGCAACUCCAGUAAGGUUUGUUACAGAAUCAUACUGGUGCGUAAAGAAAGUUAUUUGCGUCCCAGUACAUGCCGUGCUAGCGCUGGCGUAG